UUAAUUUUAUGGCAGGUUUUUUUUCUCCACGCCUUCAAAUCUAAAUUAUGGUGCGUGGCUGACUGAAACUAGUAUUUAUCGGAAAAAGUUUGUGGUCAGAAGCAAGGUAGCUAAUGCCAGCUUUAAAAAACUUCCUAUAACAAAGUUUCUUAAAUAUAAUGGGUCGUAGCUGCACGGGGCUAUUUGAGAAUCGGCCAGAACCACCCUUGAUUUCCGUGGUGAUUGUCUGGGACCCUUGUUUACUAAGUAUCUCGGCGAAAUGGCGAGCCUGGAAACUGGAGACAGUGCAGUACUUUCGCUCCGAAACCAGUCGCUGAGGAGAUGGACCGAAGGAACGCGACAACACUGUACCGCGUGGACUGUGAACGCGCGCCGCAUCUCGUCGCUAAGUGACACGGGGACCUCGUGCGGUUCUCAAGGCAACCGCCGCCAAAUCAGUGCGACCACAAACCUAGAUUGGCGUCGUUUAACUUUUCAGUUUGACUAGUUAAAGGCUGUUAAUCCGCGGUACUUCUGCGAGAGUGUUCUUUGGGCCUCCGGGGAAACCAGCCGCAGUCAGCCCCUAACCGCGUGGGCCGAGAGGGACUCUGCAGCGUGCCCUCUCAUACCGGUUAUGUGAUCCACAUACACAUUUCAGCUUUGUCGCAGGGCUCUGCCGUAAGACAAACACCGGCCCGAUAAACGUGUGAGCGCACUCCCGACCACAGGCCGUCGACCAUGCGGCUGCUGCCGCAGCCCAGAGUGGGGGGGACUUUCUGGACUUGUGGGCCCUCCUGGACUGGCUGUCGGUAGGCAGCAGAAGCACCCCCUGCGUAGUGCUAAGACAUAGAUGUGAUAUGGAGGAAAGCGUGGGCAGCACCCCCUCUGCUCGUCUGGGAGCUGGCAGCUGGGAGGGGGAUGAGAGCCCUCCAGCGGACGAGGAUGACUUCUACAAGCUGAUGGAUGAGCACGGCAUCAUCGGGCUCGGGGAGCCAGAGGAGGAAGAACCCGUCUGGGAGCCUAAAGAUCAGCCCUCCCCCGACACUCUGGCCCUAGAGGAUCUGAGCCACCGUUUGAGGGAGCUGAUGGACUCCGAACCUCUGUCUCAGUCCCCCAAAGAGGACAGCCGUCCCCUGUCUAUCCAUGACCUGGAAAAAGCCGGGAACAGUGACAGUGUGGAAGAGGACACCUUCAGUGAGGAGGAAGAGGACCGUGGCGGAGUGGUACAGUGGUGGCAGGCGGAAUCCCAGCCUGAGCGAGACGGACAGCUGGAGGGGGUGGGGGUGGAGCCCGACAGAGACGUGGGGGUGUGGUCUGACCUGCCGCUGCCCAGAGAACAGGAGGAGUCAGAAAUAAGGAGUAGGUCAGUAGAGGGGAAGGGCAGCAGGGGGGGGUUAUGCCCAGUCCCCAGCCCUUCCGGGGGAGUCCGAGGGGGCAGCGGCACCCCCGACUCGGCAGUCCCGCCAGAGCAGUACCCAAAAGCAGGUCAGCUAAACCAACGGCCCAUGCGGUCCGAGGCUGACAGCUGGAACUGGUCUGGGCUAGUGCCCCCCUCGAACCCGAUGCCGGAUUCCGGGAGAGCAAAGCCGAAGCAGCUGCCCUGUGAGUUGCCGUGCCCUGCAGCCAGACAUCCUCCUGAAAGCAGCCAGGCGGUUCCCCGGCUGAAAGCCUGCCACCAUACAGCAAGAGCCUCCACAGAGCCAGUGGGCAACCCCAACCUGGAUGGCAGCAGGAGAGGACGGCUGAGUCACCCACUGCCAGAUUUCUCCAAAGUCCAGCCCAAGGUCCGCUUCCCAAAGACGGACUACAGGCCGCCCAGAAGUAAGGGCUCCUCCCUCUGCCGGACCCCAGGUCCCGGCCCCCCCGCCGCACUCAAGUCCCCCGCCGACAUUGUGAAGGAGGUUCUGAUGAGCGGCUCCGAGGGCCCCCACGCCGCCGGGUCCCCAUCUCACCCUGAGGCCAUCAUGCCUCCAGAAUUCGCUUCAGCUCAGCAGGCCCACGCUCUCAUGCACCAGCUCCAGGAGGACUACAACAAACUGCUCACCAAGUACGCAGAGGCAGAAAACACUAUAGACAGACUGCGUCUGAAGGCAAAGGUGAACCUGUACUCCGACCCCCCUGAGCCCAGGCAUCCUCUACACUUGGGCACCAUCAGCAUGGGUUCACAGGCGAUGAAGCUGACCUUUCCCCAAGCUCAGAGGGCUGAGCUUGGCCACACUGCCGGCCCAAUGCAUCUCUCAAUGCUCAAAUCAGACGGGACCGAUGGUGCUCUUUCCUCCUCCGAGGCCUCUCUCCCGUCCCGAAGCCUGGACCACCCAGCACGGCAGCUUCUGACCGAAUCUCUUAUGGACCAGUCUGACAGCUUCCGGAUGCAGGUUGACUGCUUUGAAGACUUUGUGAAGAAUGGAAAGCUGACACCCUUUCAGCAGAUGGAGGGCUUAUCGGACCUGGCCAGGGGGCUGGACGCCCUGGAGAGGGGUUACCUGCAGGCUCGGGGUGAGCACCGGGUCCUGCAGCAACACGGCAGGCAGCCUGCCGCCUUUGAUCCAGACAGGGAGCUAGAGGGGUGGAUCUUCCGUUUGGGGAUGCGUCUGGAGCAGCUGAGGGAACAGGUGGGGCAGCCUGCGCCACACCAGCCUCACCUCAGAUCCUCGUGUCCCCCACCUUCAGAACCUGAUCCUCUCUCGGCCCAGGACCACAGGGAAAGCCCCCCUCUUCUCCCCAAGACGCCCAUAUUCCCCAUGGAGGGCAGGGCCAUGAGCCCUUUGAGUGAGGAGGCGGAGCCACAGUCUGCUGCCCUCCAUCCCAAGCUGUGGAUGAAGCACCAGCAAGCAGAGUGUGAUCUCAGCAAGCUGUCGGACCAUUACCAGCUUUCCAAGGAGCUGCCUGGUCUGCUGGACCUAUGCCAAGAGUCUGAGGUCAGGGGCAGAGCUCUACUGCACCCUUCGGCUUUGGGGGCCGACCCGGCAUGCAGAGGAAAUGGCAGGGUGGCCAACCAGGAGAGCGAACAGAGUAUACCCUCAGUGCAGGUAAAAGAUACUGGGGGGGUACAGUCUGGUCUACCUCCUGCACACACCAGCAGGAGCCUGGAGAGCCACUUUCCACGGCCCCACCCUCACCCUCACCCCCACCCCCGGGGUGUGGACCAGCCCGGGGGCAUGGCCACCCAUGACAACAAGCUACAGAGUGGACAUGGAAAAGCAUCCCCUCUGGAUGGGAUCGUCUCACCAGAGACGGACAGUGGCUUUGUGGGCUCUGAGAGCAGCCGCCUGACCCGCGUAGUGCACAGUCCCCCCCAGCGGAUGUCGAGAGCGAGGCUUUCUCACCAUCUAGAAGAAGCAGGAACAAACGUGCAGCCAACCCCUGUUCAGCCCUCACUGGCCUCUGAUUCUACAAGACCAUCCUGCCCGGACCACACUGGAGGCUGUUGUCAUGCCCCGCCCUCAAGGGGGGAAAGCAGAGUACCCUUCCCCUGUCCCUCUAAACCCGACUCUCCCCAGCACUGGGACGGCAGUGGGAUAACAAUGACCUCUGGGAUCAACGAGUCUGACAUUCAGUCCACCCCCAGUGUGUGUGAGGAAGAGGAGAGCCAAGAGGUCCACACCUUGCAGCCGACUACUGAGCAGCUGUUUGGGCAGAGAAGCCCCUCCCCCACGGCAACGCAUCACCGUGUUGCUCCAAUCAGAGCGCAGCUGACUGACAAACAUGGGGCCAUGCAGUCCCUGCGAGUGGAGAUGAACACGCUGAGGGAGGGGCUGGAGGCCAGCCUCCGACAGGCCCCCACCCUCCUUCCUGCCUGGGUGGCACCCCCACGUCCUCCUAUCAGGUUUGCUAGAAGCCCAAAAGUCAGGGGAGGGGGUGAGCAGGUCAAACAGAGAACAGAGGAAGAAGACGGGUGGGAGGAGGAGUCACUAGGGCCUGCCUUCCAGAGAAGGUCUGCCUCCUGCUGGAGACCUAACCUUAGCAUCACCCCUGAUUCUGAGCAUUCUGAGAGAACCUCCAAGCCAAGGUCUUCCAGGAACAUCCCAGCAUCACCUGCAGCACAAGGAGUAAGGGGCCGGGCCCGAUCGGACCCCGUGCCAUGCAGAGGAUCCGGCCGGCUGUGUCACCUGACUCACUCCAGUGGUUCUGAUGAACCCGAGAGGCGAGAAAGCAAAAGCUGUGCCAGGCCACCAUCUCGGUCACACCUGAACGGGGCCAUAGGGGGCGCCGUCCACUCAUCACGCUGUCCUCUGUGCAGUGCUCCUGAACAGCUGCAUGGGGUUAGAGAUGCCAGGGGGGCAGGCUCUUCUCGGAAGAGACGCUCAGGCUCCACCCCCCGAGGCAAGCGACCAGUGAAGGUCUCACACAAAGCUUCUUCCACGGCGACUCCACCGCCUCACUCCCCCAGCAGUGUGCCAGUGGUUUACUGUGUGCCAGUUUGUCCCUCGGUGCUGUACUGUCCUAGUCCUGUGCUCAGUGCAGGCCCCACAUACCUGCGUUCCCUCUACCGGCCACUGGGUGUCGCCAAAGCAGAUGCAGGGGACGCUUCCCUGAAAAGACCUCGGCAGCAGGGCACCUCCCUGUCAUCCGACGUAGAUCCCCUCGGCCAGUCCCUGAGCCGUGCCAUUGAGGCUGCCACGAGUAUGCGGGCUGCCUCCCAGCAUAUGAGCCGCUCACUUGCCUCAGGACUUCGUCACCAGGGGGCGCUGGAGCAGUUAUGUCCGCACUGAAGCCACCAAAUGUACAGCAGACCACGGUGACACAUUCAGAGCUGCUUUCAGAAACUCAGGGUAUCUGUUCUGCACUGUACCUUCACUUGAAUUGCGGUCCCCUGGGCUUCCCAUGAAGGAAAACCUGCUCAGUUUCCUUGUGAACUGUGUUUGUUUGUUAGCUUAAGUAUGAGUGGAAAGUAUAUGUUAUUUCAUUUUUGCUAGUUUCAAAAUACAAAAUACUAGGUUCAGUCCUGGUUUAUGCUAGAAUCCAGACACAACCUGCCUGAAUCAGGGAUUCCUCACAGUGACAGUAUAGCUUAAGCCUGUGUUUUUAUAUAGUGUAUUUUGACUGGCAAAACUUGUUUUUUAAGUAGUAUCCAUGUUUUGAAUAGUAAUUUAUAUUAACUGAGCAGAGUGUGGUCAUGAUUCUCAUGUGUCUUACUAAACUGUUGCCACUGUGAUAUGGAUAUAGAAAGAGGCUUUUGGUCCAAUGAACUUUUCACAUGUGGAUGUUUUCUCCAGCACUUACUUUUUCAAAGAGGCUGUAAGGGUCAGCGGGAAGCGAGGGAGGCGCUGAGCUCAUCUGCGUGGCCAUGUUUACUUCCUGUCUGAACGACUGCUUCACCUCUCUGCCUUCUACCAUUGAUCAGUUAGAAUGCAUUUGAAGCAUAAUGAGCUGGUAUCUAUGAGGUUUGCUUUACUCUUCAAACAGGCAGAUGUCUCAAAAGAGGGCAGCUGCAUUGUGAUUUGACAAUGAGCAUAGUCUUAAAGGCACUGUAAUUGUAAAUUCCAUCUACCACAUAAUUACAUAUACAUUGAUUUAUCCUUAUUAUCAAAGGCAGGGAAUGUGCUUGUUUGAAAAUCUAGACAGACUUGUCUCUUCUGAACAUUAAUGCAGUUUUAAUUCAUGCAUUACUCUGACAUUCUGUAGAUGUGAUGUCAUACAGUCUGAUCAUUUACAAUGUUGUAAUGUGUAGUUUUUGUGUGUGGACAGCAUUUCACUUCUGCAUGCCGGAUUACACGGUGGUUUCUGGUCGUUACCCUGGGUGCUGGAGACCAGGCCUGCUAGCCCCGAGUCCUCAAACUGAGCCGCCCACUCUCUGCGCUGUAUGUGCUCUAGUGGCAUUUCGUCUGACUUGGCUUGUUGUACUGUGUACUCUCAAAGCCAGGUGCCAGGUUUACUCGUAGAAUUUGGAACCUGGGUACGUUUUUUUGGUCAUUCCAGUGAAUUAGUGGUUAGUGCCGUUAUGAGUAAGCCGAGACUGAAGGGGGAUGAAAUUUAGCAAUAUCAAUUCAUAGAAGGGAUAUUUUAGAUAAUAAUGCAGUUGUGAGGGACAUUUUCAUGCUUGACACUGUAAAAAAUAGCUGAAUAUAUGUAAUUUGAUUUUAUAGUGUUUGUACUAAAAGUUUUAAUUGAAGUUUCCAAUAGUGCUUUAUAAUACAAGAAAGUCUUUUGUAAUAGUUAAUAGUAAAUUAUAUUUUCUUGAGGUGUUGGGUGAAA